CCUCAAAUUGGCUGAGGCAGCUGGCUUCAAUUGAGAGACUAGUCAAGUGCAAUAAAGCCAUCGUCGCGCAAUCUAUUUAUUCGCGCGAGCGUUUUGGGCCUGCGCGCAAACCGGUCGAUCGCAGAUACUGCGGCGAGCGGGACCAACGCCGAAAAGCGGAGCAGUAAGACUCGGAGCUGCAUCCGAACAGGCGCCUCCAUUCAAUCUUAUCACGGCGCACCGAAACUUGGCCUUAUCAGUUGGCCUCCGUCGCCCCCGAUCGCACUAGAGACCUUGACCUCAACGUUGCGUCGAAGGCGUCGAAGCACCGCAAGAUGAGAUGCCCGUGCUAAUUUAUUCGUCAAUGGACCUUAGACGCAUCUUCUUUGUUGGCGGAAGUCAAAGGCUUACGAGCAGAUGACAACUCUGGAUUUUUAACUGGUUGAUUAGGUAGAGUCGCUGAGCGGCAUUUUAAAAUUGCGUUCUGCUGCGAGCUCGAUGAUGAAGGCGGCGGACUCGGAAGAUGCGCUGCCUGCCAAAAUUAUUUCACUGUGCGAUAACAGCAACAACAGCGAAGCCAUGGAACACGUGCUAAAAGAAGGUCUUCCAGAUUUGCUUCACGACCGGGACCAAGAUGUAAACUGCAAAGGGGUCGGCAUCUGGUUUGAGGGAAUUUCACUCACCGUACGGAAGCCGUUUGGAAGUAAAAAGGAGAUUUUGACUGACCUAAGCGGCCACUUUCCGAGCGGAAAACUCUCUGCCAUUAUCGGGCCUUCCGGCGCGGGCAAAAGCAGCCUCUUGUCGGUUUUGGCCGGUCGUCAACGCCCGACCAAGGGUUCCGUCACCCCGCGCCGUCAGAGACGACGACUGAUCACCCAAACGUGCUUCUUGCCCGAAGUCCUAACGGCGCACGAAGCCCUGAGCGCCGCCGCCGCACUCAAGUUGAACGCGCCGUCUGCUGUCCGGCGAGCGGCCGUCCGACGUGUGUUGGCGGUGCUCAGUUUGUCGCAGUCCGCUCGGACACCGUGCUCAGCUCUCUCCGGCGGCCAAAGAAAACGGUUGUCAAUCGCUCUCGAGUUGAUUGACGAACCACCCGUCCUCAUUCUGGAUGAACCUACAACAGGUCUGGACUGCGUCUCUGGAUUGAGGUGCAUGCGGCUCCUGCAGCGUCUCUCACGAUCCGACUCGCGCACCAUCGUGUGCACCAUUCACCAACCGAGCGCUCGUCUCCUCGACUUGCUCGAUUUUGUCUACCUUUUGGCCGCCGGCCGCUGCAUUUACAAAGGUCCCGUUGACGACCUUUUGCCCACUCUGGCCGUUAAAAAUCUUAUAUGCCCACCUUACCACAAUCCUGCAGAUUUUGCUUUGGACGUUGCUUGUGGCGAAUACGGUACUCAAGUUGUUGAUGAGCUCGCGCUGGACGAAUCGAAGAAAUCAGGAAACUUGAAAUUCAGAAAUGAAAGUGGAGAAAACGGGCAUGGUCCAGCAACGUCAUUUUUUAACCAGUUUUUCAUUCUCACCUGGCGCUCUUUGUACAUCAUGAUUCAGGAAAAGUCGGUGGCCAUGGUGAAAAUUGUGGUGCACUUGGCAAUCGCCAUCGUCCUGGGAAUUUUGUUCUUUGACAUCGGCAAUGACGCAUCGAGAGCGCUCAACAACGCCAGUCUCCUAGUGUGCAUCCAAAUUUUCCUGGUUUUUACUGGAUUGAUGCCAACCAUAUUGACAUUUCCCAUGCAAAAAGCCAUUUUCAAGAACGAGUUCUCCAACUGCUGGUACUCGAUGGAAGCCCACUUCCUUUCCACAUUUGUAUCAAAUCUACCACUUCCUAUUUUCAACUCGGUACUCUUCUCAUCAAUUGUUUACUGGAUGAGUGGCCAACCCCCUGAUUUUUACAUCUACUUCAUCAAUGUGCUCACAGCGACACUCACUUGCCUCAACGCCCAGAGCAUUGGCUGGCUUAUUGGCACUGUUGCUGGAUUAUCAAAUGGAAUGUUCCUAGCGCCCCUUUCGGGGGUGCCGCAGUUUUUGUUUUGCGGCUACUUCAUCGCCCUGAGCACCUGUCCCAUGCUGGUCAAAAUCAUUGCCUACUCAACCAGCUACACACUUUACAGCUUCCACGCGGGCAUCGCAACCAUCUAUGGCCGGAACAGACCCAAACUACGCUGCGACGAGCUCUAUUGCCACUUCCGGUCACCGAUAAAGCUGCUCGAGUUUCUCGACACCAACGACGAAGGAGUCGAAGUCGAUCUGGCCGCUCUUUUCAUUUUUAUGACUGUCAUCAACUUACUCACUUACUUGGUGAUGAAAUUCAAGUACUCUCGCUUGCAAAAGUGAUUCAUCACGCGCAUGACACGGUUGCAUUGUGAAAGUGAAGUUUUAUUCUCUGUGAUGGUAAUCUCAUCUCUGCUCAAAGCUACUGUUGGUUAAAAAACCAAAUUUGUGAUAUAAAAAUUAUUAAUAAAAAAAAUAUGCUUUUAGUAUUUACUUUAUUUAUUUAUUUUAUUAUUAUAAAAUUAUUUUUGUCACUGUCAC